AUGGACCCAAUCGACGAGAACAAUCCCUUCAGCAAGGCCCAGACCGUUCAUCCUGAAGUUCGGGCAUAUGUAUACAGUCUGGUUAACGCCCUUGGUGGUAGUAGUACAGACGAUGAUGGCCACUACGUCCUCGGCGACGAUGCGCUCGCGUGUCUUCGAGAUCUCAAGCGCUGGUUGAAGCUGUACGACGAGAAGAACAACCGACUCGACGUCGCGAGAUGUUUGGCAGAAGCAAAGCUCGUCGGGGGAGACCUUGUGCCAAUCCUCGCCUCAUGGCCCGAAGACGGCAAGGAAAACAAGCUCAAAGCCAGAGUUGCGCUGGCAUGCUUAGAAGUACUUGUGCCCUUGACAUGGCCAUUAGAGACUACGGGAGAAAUGACUCUUAACCAUCACCGACAUACACCCUACAUUCAACAAGCGCAAGUCAUCUACAAGGCCGCGAUCCUGGGCUGUGAUACAAGCAGUAUCCUCCGUCAGGUAGUGCGAAUUGGCCUUCCUUCGAUAGCCGUGGCACGGGACGAGAGAACGAGUCGGGACGAGGGCAUUCUCAAGCUCCUGCUCUAUUUCUUUCGAAACAUCGCCGUCAUUCAGCAAGUUCCCAAUUUACCCAGCCAGGGCUUGGAUUCGGAAGUCUCUAGAUCUGCGACUAUAGAGGCAUUUAGGGACCAAGAUGUCUUUGCUUUGCUUUUAACCAUCUGUUCAAAUAUGGGCGAAGAUUUCAAUUUGCAGGAUGUCAUUGUGUUAGACAUCAUCUUCAACCUGAUCAAGGGUGUUGAUCCAAAACGACUGUGGAUGACCCAACAACAGAGGAAAAGUCAGGGUAUCACUGAUCUCGGGGCUGCCCUGGCUGUGGAGGAAAGCAAAAACCGAGCUACGAAGAAGCAUCAGUGGAGCAGGCAUGGCCGGUUUGGAACUAUGCUAUGGGUGAAGCGAGACGGAGAGAAGAUGUCGGCUGUUUCGGGUCAAGACAACCUCAAGGGCGAUCAACAAGCACUUUUCAACAUGGACAAGUCGAAGAAAUGGAGCAAGCCGCAACAAAAACGCAGGGACAUCGACCAUACUAUCCACGAUUUCGACCACACCACACAUCUCACGGAUCCGGCAUCUGAGAAACUACGGAACUUUGUCGACGAGUUCCUUGAUUCUGGAUUCAACCCAUUCUUUACACAUCUUCGCAAAGCCAUUGAGCGAGAAGCAGAACGUUUGCUGGAUGUCAAUUAUCGCCAGUUCUUCUAUGCGGUAGCAUGGUUUCUCGAAGCCGAACGUAUCCGACGUGAGACGCAGAAGAAGGAAGUCAAGCCAGACAAAGUCCGAGAUGACUUCACCGAUGAAAGUUAUUCAAUUGUAGCGGCUGUUCUCAAUCAGGAAACGUUCAUUAUGCUAAAUCGAUUCAUGCAAGUGUCCUUGGAUAACAAAGAGUGGCAGGAUUUGAAUGCCUGCAUGCGGUGCUUCACCCAAGUUUUGCUUACAGUGCAAGAGAUGGUACAAAGCCCCUUGGAAGAAGACCAAGAAAUCGCAGACAACAUCCAAAAUCGAAUCUUCUACGAGGAAACGACGCAUGACCGGGUAGUGGAAAUCCUGAGAGGCUACAAGGAUCAAGGCUUUGGUUACCUCGAUGCCUGCACUGAGCUGGCGCACGUCUUCUUGCGCAUGCUGGAGAGAUAUUCGAAAGAGAAUGUUGACAUGCAGAUACGCUCUCGUCGGAGGGCGAAGAAGAAGCGGAAGGAGGAAAUGAGAAUGGCGGCUCAACCUGGUGACGAUCCUACUGCAGAUGAUGAAGACUCUGAAAAUGAAGACAUUGCCGAUGUUGUUCAAGUCUCCAAAGAACGAAAAUUUGAUUUCAACCGAUUCGCAGCAAAGUUCUCCACCCAGAACUCAGUCAAUACCUUUGUCUCUCUUACGACAUUCUACCGAGAUCUCAGUAUCGAACAACUUAAACGUGCACAUCGAUUCUUUUAUCGAGUGGCCUUCAAGCAAGAUCUGGCUGUCCUACUGUACCGCAUCGACAUUAUAGCUCUUUUCAAUAAGAUGAUCAAUGGCCCGGACGGUCUUGACAAGAGACAUGCAAUGUACAAAGAAUGGUCGGAGUUUGCAAGACAGGUGUUCAAAAAAAUGUUCAAGAAGAUUGAUCAAAGACCGGAACUGAUAGUGGAAAUGCUGUUCAGCAAGAUCAACUCGACAUUGUACUAUCUCGAAUACGGCCAAGAAAAACAGACGAUAGCAGCAAGCCGAGCUCCUGCAGAGCUAGAAGUCAGGCCAGCACCCGGAAGAGACGUCAAGGAGCAGAUCGGAAUUGUCGUCACAGUUCUUUUGAAAGAUGGCAAGACAGACCUCGUGCGAUGGGUCAAGACAAUAUUAGGGAACGCCUUUGACGAAAGGCAUGCUUGGGAAGCAGAGGCCGAGGCCCGGAGAGCGGCAACCAUCGAGGCCGCGCAAAAGGAUGGUGAAGGCACCCCCGAAAAUGUUGAUGUUGGUAAGCCAUCAUACAUCACAGUGCAUCCUUCGUCAGAGAAUAUCAAACUUGCAAUGUUCAAGAACGGGCGAUUGAAAUUGUUGAUGCGCCUCGUUGACUUCGACAUGCUCGGAGAUGAAGACGUGUUUGGAGUGAACUGGAUUGUGCCUGGGCACGUCUCAGCCGGACAACUUGCAGAGUACAAGGCCACAAUCGAACAAUAUGAACAGACGCCAUGGCAGGGGGAGGACGAGAACGAAGAAGCCGAAGAUAUGAUCCGUCGUGCAAGAAACAAGGAGAAAACAAGUCAAGAUGAUGAGGACAAUGCACCACGUGGCGCGUUCGUUGAUGAUUCUGAAGGCGAAGAGGAGUUUCUUUUCCCCGAUAAUCCACGGAUAAAGAAAACCAAGAAUAUUCUUGCAGAGCUCCGGGCAAAGCGCAAACGAAAGCGAGGCGAUGAUGAUGACGGCGAGGACGACAUCGACGAAGGACUUGCAGCCGAAAGAAGAGCAGCGCGACGAGCAGCCGCAUUGGACAGGCGACGCAAGAUCAAGAGCGAAGCCUACAUUAGGGACAGCGACGACGAAUCAGACGAGGAGAAAGAUCGCCUAUUCUUCGAGCAGGAAGAGCAGAUGCGAACGAAGUAUGCAGAGAAGAUUCGGAACGAGCUUCGAAACCAGACUGGCCUGGGUGCCGGCGAGAAGCAGUCCAAAACAGCAAGCAAGGGAACAUACAAUAAGCGGAUGCCUCAGGCCGAUGAAGAGCAAGAUAGUAAUGACGAUCUGCUUAUGGCUGAUAUCGAUGACCACCACACCGAGACGGCUUCGUCACAGCAGCGAAGGGCGUGGGAUAGCGAAGAUGAGGCGGAGGAUGAUGGCGAUACUCCGAUGUCAUCCCAAAGUGCAACAGCGAAUGUUGAUACGAGUGAAAAGACAGUUCUCAGAGAGCUAAACCAACCACGCGCAGCUGCAGGCUCUCUCCUAAAGGCUGGGCAAGCAGAGGCAGAGCUCAGCGACGAGGACGCGGAUGUGAUACCGACAACGAGACGGCGGCAGAUGAUCAGGGGAGGCUUUAUUGUGGACAGUGAUGAUGAUGACUGA